AUGGGGAAAUCUGGAGGAAGGAAGAAAAAGGGUAGUGGUGGUGGUAACGCCUCGAAUUCGAAUUCGAGUCAGGUCAAUUCAUCUGAAGCUUCGGGAUUAUCCAAGCCGACGAGUGUUAAUGGCGGUGUUGACUUCGAUGCUUCGGUAUUCUGGAAAAGAGCACACGAGCUCAAGGAAGAAGGCAAUAAAAAGUUUCAGGGAAGAGAUUACGUCGGCGCUCUUGAGCAAUACGAGAACGGGAUUAAGCUACUUCCCAAGAACCACCCAGAUCGAGCCCUGUUUCACAGCAACCGAGCUGCUUGUUUGAUGCAGAUGAAGCCUAUCGAUUACGAAUCGGUGAUCUCUGAGUGUACAUCGGCUCUCAAAGUCCAGCCUGGUUUUUCUCGAGCUUUGCUUAGAAGAGCUCGGGCUUACGAAGCUGUAGGGAAGUAUGGUUUGGCUGUUGAGGAUGUGAGUGUGUUGUUAGGCUCUGAUCCUAAUCACAAGGAUGCGGGAGAGAUCUCUCGGCGGCUAAAAGCUGCUUUGGGUCCUCAGCAAGAUUUGCAGAGCAGGCCUUCGCCUGCAGCUCUUGGUGCCUCCGCUGCGUUAGGCGGUCCGAUCGCUGGACUUGGUCCUUGUUUGCCUUCUCGUCCCGUCGUCAAAAAGGGACCUACUUCGCCUGUGGGGUCUGUUACAUUGCCUAGUACUAACAAUGGCAAUAAGGUAGAGCGUACAAAGGUGACGAAUCCGGUAACUGAAAAUGGAUCGGUGAGUGUUGGUAAGGCUCAUGCGGCGGCUCCGAAGGUUGUGUCUUCUUCUUCAUCGUCUGUGGCGGUUGUUGGGAAAGUUCAAGAGAAGAAAGUUCAGUGGAGGCCGUUGAAGUUUGUUUAUGAUCAUGACAUAAGGUUAGGUCAAAUGCCUGUGAAUUGUAGGUUUAAGGAGCUGAGAGAGAUUGUGAGCAGUCGUUUCCCGUCUUCGAAGGCGGUUUUGAUAAAGUACAAAGACAACGACGGAGAUUUGGUGACGAUAACAUCUACCGCGGAGCUCAAACUGGCGGAAUCUGCCGCUGAUAGUCUCUUGACGAAAGAGCCUGAGACCGAGAAGUCUGAUUCCGUUGGGAUGUUGAGAUUGCAUGUUGUUGAUGUGAGUCCUGAGCAAGAGCCUGUGUUGGUAGAGGAAGAUGAGGAAGAGAAGGAUGUUGAAGAAAAAGCCGUAUUAUCUCCGAGCGAGUCAGUAUCGGAAACAACAGAGAUCAGCAGUGAGAAGCCGGAUAAGGAAGUGGAGAAGGAGAAUGCGGUUUCUUCCGAAGAUCCCGAGGCCAAAGAACUGGAGAUGGAUGAUUGGUUGUUUGAUUUUGCUCAUCUUUUCCGUACUCAUGUCGGUAUUGACCCUGAUGCUCAUAUCGAUUUGCACGAGCUUGGAAUGGAGCUUUGCUCAGAGGCUCUCGAAGAGACAGUCACAAGCGAAAAAGCUCAGCCUCUGUUCGAUAAAGCUUCUGCCAAGUUCCAAGAAGUGGCUGCUUUAGCUUUCUUCAACUGGGGGAAUGUUCACAUGUGUGCUGCAAGAAAGCGGAUUCCUUUGGAUGAUUCCGCAGGAAAAGAAGUGGUUGCGUCACAGCUUCGAACCGCUUACGAGUGGGUGAAGGAGAGAUACACAUUGGCAAAGGAUAAGUAUGAACACGCACUCACGAUCAAACCCGAUUUCUACGAGGGCUUGCUUGCGUUAGGACAGCAGCAAUUCGAGAUGGCGAAGCUACACUGGUCUUACUUGCUAGCUCAGAAGAUCGAUAUCUCGGGUUGGGAUCCAGCAGAGACCCUGAAGCUCUUUGACAGCGCAGAGGAGAAGAUGAAAGACGCUACAAAGAUGUGGGAGAAGCUUGAAGAACAGAGGAUGGAGGAGCUUAAAGACCCGAACUCGAGCAAGAAAGAGGAAGUUUCGAAGAGGAGAAAGAAGCAAGGAGGAGAUGGGAACGAAGAGGUUUCGGAUACAAUCACAGCCGAGGAAGCAGCGGAACAAGCGACUGCAAUGAGAUCGCAGAUCCAUUUGUUUUGGGGGAACAUGCUGUUUGAAAGGUCGCAGGUGGAAUGCAAAAUCGGGAUCGAUGGUUGGAAGAAGAAUCUCGACUCAGCUGUUGAAAGAUUCAAACUUGCAGGUGCUUCUGAAGCUGACAUAGAAACGGUUGUUAAGAACCAUUGUUCCAACGAAGCUGCAGCUAACGAAGGAGGUGAGAAAAAGGUAGCUGCACCUUGA